AUGGCCCCGCCGGGGUGCUCCCCCGCUGCCCCCCUCGGGGAGCGCCCCGGGGGGGGCCCCCCGCGUCUGCGCCACCAACCGCGGCGUCCUCUGGGGGCCCGGGGUUUCCCUCAUACCCCGCUGCGCCCAGAGGACCCCGCGGCCGAACCGCCCCGCCGCGGGGGGGACGCGCCCCGACCGCCGACGCGCCUCGCCCCCCCGGGCGCGCGCGCCCCGCCGGCCCCGAAGGCCGCGGCCCGGGAACCCCCGGACGCGGCGUGUUUCCCCUCCCUCUGGGGCGCCCAGGGGGGGAACCGCUCGCCCGAAGCGGGAACUCUGCCGGCCCGCAAAGCCCCGCCCCCGGGUGGGGGAAGGGCCGGAGGAGCCGCCUCCCCCGGCCCCAAGGGCGCCCCCCCCGCCCGCCCCCCUCCCAUUUCCACAUGGGCCCCGACGGGGCCACCCCGGAGGGCCGCCGCCGCUCGACGGCGAAGCAGCGAGGGGGGGGAGGGGCGCGCCUCGGGGGGGCCGCCAGCACCCCCCCUUCCCCACCCGGGGGUUUUCCUCGCGCGCAACCGGGGGAGACCCGGGCCUCGGGAAACUGGGGCCGCCCCCCGGGGCGCGGCGCCCCACGCGCCUGCCCGCCGCCCGGGCGUUCGGGGGGCCCCGGGGCGGUGGGCAGAGGCGGGGGGGCCCCCGGCCCCCGCUCCCCCGGGGGGGGAGGGACCCACAGACCGCGAAAGGGGCGGGGGGGGAGGAGGACACGACGACAGGAGGAGGAGAGAAAGCCGCCGCGACGGGGGGGGGACGGCCCCGCGCUUCGACCCGGGCCGCGACGCGGGGUGUGCGCGGGUCAGCCCCCCCGCGCGCAACGGUGACGGGCGCGCGCGACGCGCCCCCGGCCGAGCGGCCCCCUUUGCCCCUCCUUUUCUCUUUUUCGAGCCCCCCCCGUUUUUUUUUCCCACCCCCGGAGGGGCCGCGCCCUCCGUCCCCCUCUCUGGGCUGCGGCGCCGGCCCCAAAGGGAGGGGGUGUGCCCCGGGGCCGGCCGCGGGGCCCCGGGGGCCGGGGCGUGCGAACGGGCGGGCGACGAGCGCGCCGCGCGCCGCGGGCCGCCGACGCCCCAACGCGCAGGGGGCCCCACCCCCCCCGGGAUGAUCCUUCGCAGGUUUACCUUCGAACCUUGUUUACACUUUUACCUCCUCAAAAGCAAGUUCGACCCUUUUCACACUCCCGGGAGGCCUGGCCGACCCCGCCGGGCCCACCCGGGCCUCACUAAACCCUCCAAUCGGGGGUUCAACGGGUUUUCCCGCGGGCCCGCCGGGAGACAUGCAUGGCUAACCUUGAGACAAGCAAUAUGCUACUGGCAGAUCAACCAGGUACCGCCACCCCACGGCGGCGCCGCGCACGGCGGCGCGCAGAGCGCCCGGACCCGGCCCGACCGCCCGGGCCCCACCGGCGCGCGCCCCGCCCAAACCCCGACCGCCCCGCUCUUUUGCCGCUCCGACCCGGGGAGCGGCAUCGCGGACGCGACGUGGCGGCAUGGCGGCGACGGGGCCCGGCGGCGCCGGGCGGCCGGCCGGCCGAGCCUCCCCGGCCCGGCGGCGCCUGGGGCGGAACCCGGCGCCACCGCGGAGGACGCCCCUCGCGGGCCCGGCCCACCCCGGCGGCCGGGCCCCUUCCCCCCCCCGCGGCAAAGGAGGGCCGACCGCUGCGCGCUUUUUUUCUUUCGCCACUCGCGGGCGAGUAGAAGCCCCGGAAGGAGAGCCGGCCGGCCGGGGCCCUCUCCGACGCCACCCCGAAAAGCCUCAUCGAUCGAGUGCGGCCGAGGAAGGAGCCGCGCCGCCGACGGCGACGACGACGCCCCCCCACGGCCACGGUCCUGGGACAACGGGGCGACGGCCGCCCAGCCCCGCCUGCGGAGCGCCCGCGGCAGAGGGGGAGCGCGGGGGGUGCCGCCACCCGCCCGCCCGCCCGCGUGCGCCAACGGAUUCCCUUCUCGGCUAGGCAACGGCAGGACUGGGACUGGGCUGGCCCCAGGCCGGGGGGACUCGGCUUCCCCUUCCGGCCCGGGGAACCCGGCCGAGCGUGCGAGAAAUACGUGCCACCGGGACCGCGCCGCCGCGGCCGGCUUUCCCUUUCCG